GCUUGUACUGCCCGCGAGCACGGGCUCCCGCUCUCUUGGCCUCGCCUCUUGUAGCCUGGCCUGCCCGCCUCCGGAGCCUUCUUUGCCCACGGAUGGGCUUGGGAAGUAGGGAGGAGCGAGCCGGAGCCCGCGCCGGGCGCGCCUCGCUGUUGUUUGACUUGGCGCCCGCAGUCAGGGCGCAGCGCGCCGGCUGCAGGAGCGCGGAUGCACCCCGGAGCCGUGGGCUGGCAGGUCUCGGGUCCUGAGGCUGCUGGCAGACUAUGGGUACAACAGCCAGCACAGCUCAGCAUUCUGUCUCGGCGGCUGCCCCUUUCGAGGGCCUCCAGAGUGGUGGCACGAUGGAAGGACGGCACUCACUCAGCGUCCACUCCUUCCAGACCACAGGCUUGCACAACAAUAAGGCCAAGUCGAUCAUCCCCAACAAGGUGGCCCCUGUCGUGAUCACAUACAACUGCAAGGAGGAGUUCCAGAUUCAUGAUGAGCUGCUCAAGGCCCAUUACACCCUGGGCCGGCUCUCUGAUGCCACCCCCGAGCACUAUCUGGUGCAGGGACGCUACUUCCUGGUGCGGGAUGUUGCUGAGAAAAUGGACAUGCUGGGCACAGUGAAAAGCUGUGGGGCCCCCAACUUCCGGCAGGUGCGGGCCGGGCUCACCGUGUUUGGCAUGGGACAGCCCAGUCUCUCAGGGUUCAGGCGAGUCCUUCAGAAACUCCAGAAGGAUGGGCACAGGGAAUGCAUCAUCUUCUGUGUGCGGGAGGAGCCCGUGCUGUUUCUGCACGCCGAGGAGGACUUUGUGCCCUACACCCCUCGAGAUAAGCAGAACCUUCGAGAAAACCUUCAGGGUCUUGGAUCUGGAGGCGGGGUGGAGAGCUUGGAGCUGGCCAUCAGGAAGGAGAUCCACGAUUUUGCCCAGCUGAGCGAGAACUCAUACUAUGUGUACCACAACACCGAGGACCUGAGAGGCGAGCCCCAUGCUGUGACCAUCCGGGGUGAGGAUGAUGUGCACGUGACCCAGGAGGUGUAUAAACGACCCCUCUUCCUGCAGCCCAAUUACAGGUACUACCGCCUGCCUCUGCCAGAGCAAGGAGCCCCCCUGGAAGCCCAGUUUGAUGCCUUUGUCAAUGUCCUCCGGGAGACCCCCAGCUUGUUGCUGCUCCGAGACUCCCAUGGGCCUCCUCCUGCUCUCCUCUUCAGCUGCCAGACGGGUGUGGGCAGGACCAACCUGGGUAUGGUCCUGGGCACCCUCAUCCUGUUUCACCACAGUGGGACUGCCUCGAGACCAGAGGCUGUCUCCCCACAGACCAAGCCACUCCCCAUGGAACAACUCCUGGUGAUCCAGAACUUUCUACACAUGGUGCCCCAGGGGAGGAAGAUAAUGGAGGAGGUGGACAGAGCCAUCACCGCCUGUGCAGAGUUGCAAGACCUGAAGGAAGUGGUCUUGGAAAACCAGAGGAAGCUGGACGGCGUCGGGCCAGGCAGCCCAGGGCAGGGAAGUAACGGCCAGAAUGGUGUCCAGCAGAGGGCGCUGCAGAGUCUGGAGCGAUAUUUCUACCUGAUGCUGUUUAACUAUUAUCUCCAUGAGCAGUACCCGCUGGCUUUUGCCCUCAGUUUCAGCCGCUGGCUGUGUGCCCACCCUGAGCUGUACCGUCUGCCUGUGACACUGACCUCAGUUGGGCCUGUGGUCCCCCGGGACCUCAUCGCCCAGGGCUCCCUGAAGGUGGAUGAUCUCGUCUCCCCAGACACACUCGGCACCCUUAGAGAGAUGGAUGUGGCGAACUUCCGGCGGGUACCCCGCAUGCCCAUCUAUGGCACGGCCCAGCCCAGUGCCAAGGCCCUGGGGAAUAUCCUGGCCUACCUGACGGACGCUAAGAGGAAGCUUCGGCACAUUGUGUGGGUGAACCUGAGGGAGGAGGCCGUGCUGGAGUGUGAUGGGCACAGCCACAGCCUGCGGCCCCCUGGGCCCCCCCUGACCCCUGACCGGCUGGAGAACCUGGAGACCCAGCUGAAGGCCCACCUGAGCAUGCCAGGCACAGAGGGCCCCCGCGCCCACAAGUUCCAGACAUGCCUCACACCGCAGGAGGUCUUCAGCCAGCACCGUGGGGCCUGUCCUGGCCUCACCUACCACCGCAUCCCGCUGCCAGACUUUUGUGCCCCCUGUGAAGAGGACUUUGACCGGCUGCUGGCGGCUCUGCGGGCUGCGCUGGCCAAGGACUCAGGCACCGGCUUUGUGUUCAGCUGCCUCAGCGGCCGGGGCCGGACCACCACCGCCAUGGUGGUGGCUGUGCUCACCUGCUGGCACAUCCAGGGCUUCCCCGAGGUGGGCGAGGAGGAGCUGGUGAGCGUGCCUGAUGCCAAGUUCACCAAAGGCGAAUUCGAGGUGGUGAUGAAGGUGGUGCAGCUGCUGCCCGAUGGACACCGCGUGAAGAAGGAGGUGGACGCGGCACUGGACACUGUCAGCGAGACCAUGACGCCCAUGCAUUACCACCUGCGGGAAAUCAUCAUCUGUACCUAUCGCCAGGCGAAGGCAGCCAAAGUGGAGCAGGAGGCCCAGCGACUGCAUCUGCGAAGUCUGCAGUACCUGGAGCGCUAUGUCUUCCUGGUGCUUCUCAAUGCUUACCUCCACCUGGAGAAGGCCCAGUCUUGGCAGAGGCCCUUCAGCACCUGGAUGCGGGAGGUGGCAUCGAAGGCCGGAGUUUACGAGAACCUCAACCAGCUGGGCUUCGCUGAGCUGGAGAGCGCGCAGGACCAGCCCUUCUCCAGGCUGCGCUGCCGGUGGCAGGAGCAGAGCCACAGCCCCGAGUCCUCCACCUCAGGGGACUUCCUAUAGGAGGAGCCCCUGGGCCCGGCUCCUCCUGGGCUGGGGUGCCCCCCACCCCGCUCUUCCCCGGGGGUGGUCCUGAGGAGGAUUCCUAGCUUCCCAGAGGGGCUGGGUGGGGACCUCUUUUAUGAAAGAGCUUUUUGUGGGACACUUGGCACAGUCACUCCUUGUAAAUGACUCGGCCUCCAGGAAGAGAGUGCGUGAGAGAGACGCACACAUGCCUUGCAGAUGGGCUCUCUGGGCUGACCUUAGCGCCUUCAGGAGCUCACCCCAGAUUGCCAGCCAUGCCCCCUGCCACUUCCCUCCUCCUCUGUCCCUGUGCAGCAGCUCUGACAGCCUGGUGCAGGGCAGGCUGAAGGUCGUUUCCUUGCCUUUCUGUCCCUCAAUGCUGGGCGCCCCGGCUUCCCCCUUUUGCUGUCUGAGCACUGCCCCUGGGCCUUGGCCCCCUGGGGAGUGGAUGCAGAUUGGUGGGGGUGCCUUGUUACUUUCAAGGCAGCUUUAUCCAAUUUCCUGCCUCUCAGGCUCCAACUCUGGGUUGGGGACUUCUGUGUGGAUAAUGUGGCCUGCUGGAGGCCCCUCCUCCUUUCUUCCUCUCACCCUGCCCCGGUGCUGGUAGGACUGUGGAGGUUUCCACAGAGCCAGGGACAUCAAGAAGCCCCUCUCAGGAGGAGCGAGCUUCCAGAAAGUGGAUGCAAUCCUGUGGAAGAGGUCUGCUCCACUUGUGUGAGAGCCUGGGUGUGGCGUGCUGAGGGAGACAGGCUCCACCAGGGAGCCUCCUUCCUGCCCACCAGCCCCAGAUGGCUCUGUACCCCCACCCGCUGCGAGCAGGACCCCCAAGGACUGCCAGAUGACUCUCAGUGAACAGUGGGGUGUGGACGCAGGACAGUACAGGGGUCACGUGGAUUCCAGACCACUCUUGCUGAGCACCCUUGAGUUGCCUUCCAGGUGGGGGCCGGGGGAAAGAAGCGGCAUGCACCGUGGAGGUAGAGGCUGACCAGCUCUUGUGGACAGUGAGAGGCGCCCCGGAGAGGCGGGAGAGGCAGUGUUGAGCUGAGCCGUGCACCUCUUCCUCCAGGGCCCCGUGACUGUGAAAACUCAGGUCCUGAACAGUGGGGGAUUGCACCCUCCCAGUCUGGUUUGUGGGGCUGGGAGGUUGUUCUGUGGCUAACUUGUGCAGAGAAGCAGGUGAUGGUGUUACUGGUCAUGAUGUUUAGAGAGGGGACGUCUACAUUGUCUAGGAAAGUGUUUGACCAUCUUGUCUGAAUUCUUUUGCAAAACUACUGUAUGUCAUCUCUUCACUACCUUUUCAGAUUUACUGUUGGUAUUGUUUUUAUUUUUGCAUGUAUUAAAAAGUUUUAAUUUCUUUGCAGACAAGGAUGGGGGGCCAGAGACCUGGAUGGGGGGCCAGAGGCCAGGGCUGAACUGGGAGGGGGCCUUCGUGUUCUCAUGGUUGGCCCUGCAUUUCAGCUGUGCUGGGAACACUGACUGGUCACGGCACCUCUCUGCCUCAGUUUCCCCAUCUGUAAAAUGGGAGAAUAAUACUUGCCUACCUACCUCACAGGGGUGUUGUGAGGAUUCAUUUGUGAUUUUUUUUUUGUACAGAGCUUUUGAGAAUUAAAA